AUGACGGAAUUGCAAAGAAUUGAGCAAUUGGUUGAAGACAUAAAAUACUCGUUUGAGUUGAUACUUAAUACCAAAAGUGACGAUGUUAAGCAACAUACACAGCUAUUUAUAGACUCCGAAUGCCAAUUGGAGUUAAUAUUGCCAAAGAUCACCAAGUAUAGGAUCCAGCUAAAAAAACCUGAAGAUGAACGUCCAUUUGGACCAAAUACGGCAAAAAGAAUAUUGACACUAGUCGAAAAAUUCGAAAUCCUAUAUUCCGUGUACCAAGAUGAAUUGGAGCCAUUGUUUCCAAAUAGGAUCGAAAAAAACAACACUAAUGAUCCUAAUUUAGAGUGCAAAUUAUCUUCUGAAGAUGAAUAUGAGGAAAAAUUACAGGAAAUGAUUGAAAAGUGCAAAUUACAAACCAAAAUGGAACUAGACUCAUUUAAUACUCAUGUGACUACUGACAUUAAAAUUGGUAAAAACCUAGACAAAGUAAUAAUAAAUGAGGUACAAAAUAGUAUUAUGAAUGAAAUUAAACAAGCAGAUUUAAGUAACAAAGUCAUGCUAUUAAACUAUGCCAUUGAAACACUUAAAAGUAAUAAUAGCAACAACGCUAAAAACCACAUUAUUGAAUUGUUUGACCAAAUAUAUCACAACCCAGAGGCACUACAAUUAAGGGUUUUGAGAAUAGGUAAUGAAUUAUUGCAGGAACGGAUUCUUAUGCACAAGGGAGGUGCAACAUGUUUACUUGCUGUGGGAUUCCAGCUUAAGUAUGGUCAUCAAAUAAUUGAAGUAUUGGAGAAUCUAAUGGACCCAAAAUUGGUAGUAAAUGAACCGUAUCUGUACCUAGAUGAACCACCAAUAGAGGAGUUUGACAAAUGGGAACAAUGGCGCAGACAUAUCAAAUGGUCACUUGAAACGCUAAAAUCAGCCAGCUUUUAG